GGACCAGUUGUUAUUCAUCUAAGCAGCUUCACGAAGCGCGACGGAAACUACCGAUUAGUGCCGAAACGAUCACUGUCUGGGGCUUACACUCGCCCGGUUCGUGCUUUAUUGACCAUUUCCUGCGAUAUUCGCACUAAAAACUCUGUAACGUAGCUAAAUAAAUGUUGUGGUGUUGCAGUAAGUAACCAGUGAAUAAAUAAUACGUGCGGGUUUUGUGUUAGUCAUGAACAGAGCGAUACAAACAAUAGCAGUGUGUAUUGGAUUACGAUAAUCAACGCUAAUCGAACCGUGGUGAGAAAAAAUACGGUGCUAAAUAAACGUAAAUCUCAUUUGUAUAUAUUAUACACAUUCCGGUGAUAACCUUGUACACGAAGAGGUACUUGUAACCUACAUAGAUUGUCGAGUCAAUCCUAUACGUUCCCUGAAUAAACAUUAUAUCAUAAUAAUGCCGACGACGAUACAAGAAAACAUUGCCCUGCUUAAUAUGAUGUCUUCUGAUAAUUUAGAAGACGAUUUGAAGAGCGUUCAGCUACAUUAUCCAUCAGAAAGACGGCUACAGAGCGACGGCGCAUGCGUGGAAGAGAGGGUGAGGACAUCGCGUGGUGACAUACUGGUAGCGAUCCGCGGGGACCGGAAUAAGCGCGCGAUAAUAACAUACCAUGACCUCGGACUCAAUUAUGCCGCAAACUUCCAGGCAUUCUUCAAUUUCACCGAUAUGAGGGCAAUCUUAGACCAAUUUUGCAUCUACCACAUCAAUGCCCCGGGCCAAGAGGAAGGAGCGCCGACAUUGCCCGAAGACUUCUCAUACCCCUCAAUGGAUGCUUUGGCUUCCCAAAUAGACUUUGUUCUUGGACACUUUGGUAUAAGAUCUUUCAUCGGAUUUGGAGUCGGUGCUGGCGCUAAUAUUUUAGCUCGCUAUGCCCUUGAAAAUCCUCAAAAAGUUGAUGCUUUAGUACUUAUCAAUUGUACGUCCACACAAGCAGGCUGGACUGAGUGGUUGUAUCAGAAAAUUAACACGCGGCAACUGCGAUCCAGCGGGAUGACUCAGGGAGCCCUUGAUUACUUAAUGUGGCAUCACUUUGGUCGCAGUAACGACGAUCGUAACCACGACCUGGCUCAUGUGUACAAAGAUUGCUUUUCUCAAGUGAAUCCCGCAAAUCUGUCUAUGUUCAUAGAUUCAUACUUACGUCGUUCUGAUUUAGCAAUAUCAAGAGACAGCAAUUCGAUUAAGGUGCCAGUGUUGAACGUGACUGGCGGUCUUUCCCCUCAUGUAGAUGAUACAGUAACGUUUAAUGGUCGGUUAGAGCCUGCUAAGACGUCGUGGUUGAGUAUUUCUGACUGUGGCAUGGUGUUAGAAGAACAGCCCAGUAAAAUUGCAGAGGCGUUUAGGUUGUUUCUUCAGGGUGAAGGUUACUGUAGAUAGUCACCCUACCUACCGUUACAUACAACGAUACAUGCAACGCAGCUAAAAUAGAUUGCACUCGAUGCUUUAUCACACGCGAGCUUUAAUAAUAAAUUUGUUGUAGGCAUUGGAAAUGUAGACAGAUAUUGUUAACCCUUGUUCAAGAAUAUUUAAGGAAAUAAAAUUAUUUUAUGGCUGAA